AUGUGGUUCUUAGAAGCUGAUGAACUCGCUGCUAAACUUGAUGAGGACCAAAAGCGUACUCUGCCACUGCCUGGUCAAGUGGAUGUCAUCAACGGAGGCCCUCCAUGUCAGGGAUUUUCUCGUAUGAACUGGUACAGCCAAAGGCCAUGGAGUAAAAUUCAGUGUCAAACGAUAUUAACAUUCUUGUCCUUUGCUGAUUAUUUCCGGCCAAGUUACCUUCUCCUGGAGAACGUGAGGGCCUUUGUCUCAUAUAGUAAAGGGCAUAUGUUUAGACUCACUCUGGUUUCUCUUCUCGAAAUGGGUUACCAGCUAGUACGAACGUCUUCAAGUUACAAACCUUGCUUAAGCUUCAAGAAAGCUUGCUUUUCGACCUGGUCCUCUACUAGACGAGGUUCCAGCGGAAGGUUUGUAGGACUGCGAGACGUAGGUGAACGUGUGGAGGAGGAGAGAAACGUCGAGUGGUUAGGGAUCCGGUGA